AUGGGUAUGCUUGACACCAAACCGACACCUACUCCUAUGGUCACCACACAACAUUUGACCGCCAACUCGGGUGUUGUCUUAGAAGAACCGAAGGAUUAUAGAGCAGCUGUUGGAGGUCUCCAAUAUCUUACUCUAACCCGGCCAGAUGUUGCGUACACAAUUAACAGGCUAUCACAAUUUAUGCAUCGCCCCACCUCGGAUCAUUGGUUAGCUCUUAAACGCCUUAUGAGAUACUUAAGUGGUACACUUGAUAAAGGGAUUAACAUAUAUCGUGAUUCACCACCUACUUUGCAUGCCUUUUCCGAUGUGGAUUAG